CUGGUCCUGUGCUCUGCUCAGUGCUGCUUCGCUUUGCUGUGAGACACUGAUUCGGAGAGAUCUUUUGUUGGAGACUGUGAGCCUUUCUGAAGGUUCAUUUCCGCAUUUCCCCCCCUCCCCCCCUCCCUCCCCCCGAUCUGAACACACAGAUACAUAUAUACAUAUAUUAAAAAAAACGCACCUUUUCCUGUUGGGCAAUCACGCAGAAGCUGCUCUUGAGACGGAAGUUUUUUUUUUAAAAAAAAGGUUUUUUUUUAAAAAAAGAGACAGACUUUUCGCCCUGUUUGACUGUGAAGGAUUAUCAGCUCCUCGUUGGGGAGAUUCGGUGCUGAUCUCUCCCCUGAAACCUCUGGUACGGAAUGGCUUACGAUUUCCUCUGUACAGACUGUACAGACUAAAAGGACUGACGUCACUGAAAGAAAUAUUAAACCACCAACGCCACAACAUUAUAAAGAAACUAAUUUAUUUGACGAUGAUCAUUCAGAAGGACUGGCAGCAAGAGGGUCUUACAAGCUCAGGAGUUAUGCUAAACAAAGUUGAUGAAGAGCACAUGGUGGUUCGAAGCGUCAGAACAGACUGGAAAGAGUGAUCUCCCGUUCCUCACACUGUUUGUGUUUGUACUCAAUUUGAACUGGAGGAAAAACGGCAGCCGCAGAAUGCAACUGAACCAAGAACACUGCCUUUCAGCUUGCCAGAAACUAAAACAGCUGUUCUAACAGGGAACCCAAGUGACCAUGUUGUAAACUGUGAACUCCCAUCGUGUUACUGCAAACUCUGAGGAAUAAAGCCGGACUUGGAUUCACAUUUGGGGUUAUAACCAUGCCAUCCAAAGGAAAGUACUUUAUUAGUGAAAGCAAAGCUCAGAUAAAUAAAGACUCGAUGUAUGAGGCUUACUGCUCUUUGAGCCAGCAAUAUCCGCUUGUUGUCCUUCUCCUCUUGAUUAAUAUUGGGAGCUGUGUAGCUCUGAUCAUUGUUUUCUUUUCCAUUGGAUUGGAAAUUCAUGAACACCUUCUCUUCACUGUUACAUUAUUCAUUGCUGUGGGAAUAUUUAUAAUCAUUUUUAUUCUUGUGUGUACUGAGGCGUUGUUUCAAAGAUGGAUGAAGAUAUUUGCAUUGGUCAUUUGGAUAUGUCUGCUUGCAAUGGGAUAUGUUUUCAUCUUUGCUGGUAGCGUUAUCUCUGCUUGGGACCAGGUGCCAUUCUUUUUGUACAUAGUCUUCGUUUUAUAUACCAUGCUGCCAUUGAGUAUGCGGGAUGCCAUCCUUGCCAGUAUACUUUCAUCUGUCUCUCAUAUUAUAACCCUCAGUAUUUAUCUAAGUGUAAAUGACUCUCCAUUGUCAGCUAAGCUCCUGGCUUUUCAGAUACUGGCCAAUGCAGUGAUAUUUUUGUGUGGCUGCGUCGUGGGCAUCUUUCAUAAGUUGGUAAUGGAACGUGCCUUAGAGCAAACUUACUGGGACACUUUAAGUUGUAUUGAAAUAAGAAUACAGCUGGAUGUGAAGAAAAAACAACAGGAAAGCUUGCUGUUAUCAGUACUGCCAGCGAAUAUUUCUAUGAAAAUGAAACUAGCUAUUAUUGAGCGUUUGAAGGAAAGCAACGACAGUCCACACAAACAGGAUGUGUCAAACAAUUUCCACAGCAUGUAUGUGAUGAGGCAUCGAAACGUGAGCAUCCUGUAUGCAGAUAUUGUAGGUUUCACCCGUUUGGCUAGUGACUGCUCGCCCAAUGAACUGGUUGUGAUGCUGAAUGAACUGUUUGGGAAGUUUGACCAGAUAGCCAAGGAGAACGAAUGUAUGAGGAUAAAAAUACUGGGUGACUGCUAUUACUGUGUCUCAGGACUUCCUGUAUCGUUACCAAAACAUGCUCAGAACUGUGUGAAAAUGGGCCUUGACAUGUGUGAAGCUAUCAAGCAAGUCCGGGAUGCCACCGGAGUGGACAUUAGUAUGCGAGUCGGUGUUCAUUCUGGCAAUGUAUUGUGCGGUGUCAUUGGUCUCCGAAAGUGGCAGUACGAUGUCUGGUCGCACGACGUCACCUUAGCUAACCACAUGGAAUCUGGCGGACUGCCUGGUCGUGUACACAUCACUGAAUCGACAUGGGACCACUUGAAUAAAGAGUAUGAAGUGGAAGAAGGAAAUGGACACCAAAGAAAUUCCUACCUCAAGGAUCUGAACAUAAAAACGUAUUUGGUCAUUGAUCCAAGGACCAAGCAGCAAAGUCAGAAGAUCAGGCAGCUCCAGAAGCCAAAACAUGUAAACGACGGGCUGAAGAUGAGAGCAUCUGUCCGUAUGACACGAUACCUGGAGUCGUGGGGUGCAGUGAAACCAUUUGCUCACCUCCAGCAACGAGAAAAUGUUAACAGUGAAUUCCCAGCAACAAAUGGAAAGAUCAGGAAGGAUAUACCACUGCGUGGUCUCCACAGGACAUUAGAUAGAAACCAAUCGCAAAAGAGACGACUUGAAGAGGAACUGCACGAUCGGAUGUUAACAACGAUCGAUGGAAUCAAUUCACAAAAACAAUGGAUUAAAUCUGAUGACUUUUUCAGUAUAUCACUGUUUUAUAGUGAGAAGGGAUUGGAAAAACAAUAUCGUGCAGUCAGUAUUCCUUCCUUGAAGUAUUACAUUGGUUGCGUCAUGUUCAUAUUUCUCUGUAUAUUUGGGGUCCAAAUGUUUGCAACCGAAAGGAAUGAAACACUUGGAAUAUCAUUUGGAAUAGCUGCCUUUAUUCUCCUGAUAAUUCUCUUCAUUUGUUUUGCCGGGCACCUAAAGCAGUACUGCAUAAAAACAUCUUCCUCUUCAAGUUGGUUCAGUCUCAUCUCAGAAAGUGUUACAAAGAAACCGAUUGUGCGAUUACCGUUGACUGUCAUUGCGAUGGGAGUUGUGCUACUCAUUGCAGUUAUCAACUUGUGUAUCAAUCCCCCUAAAGCGAUGGGCAACAUGACAAUUGUUGAACAAACGAAUGCUCUCUCCUGCCUUCCUUACUACAUCUAUUGUUGCAUUUUGGGACUCAUUGCUUGUUCAGUUUUUUUCCGAGUAAGCUUUGAACUCAAAGCAGCCAUACUAGUCAUUGCCUGUGUGGCUUAUAAUUUCAUCCUCCUGGACUUCCAAGCUUCCUUGUUUGACGUCUACAGAGACAAAUUGUACACGAAUGAAAACGGUACCAGCAUUGAAAAACCAGGCCCUUUGAAAAAUCCAAAGAUUAUGAGCUGUUUUUACCUGAUUCUGUUUGUCAGCACUCUGCUGUUUUUAACAAGACAGAAUGAGUACAACUGUAGACAAGACUUCUUGUGGAAGAACAAAUUCAAAAAAGAAAGGGAGGAAAUCGAGACGAUGGAGAACGUGAAUCGACUUUUAUUGGAGAACGUGCUACCAGGACAUGUGGCCGCCCACUUCAUUGGUGAAAAUAAAAAGAAUGAGGAUUUAUACCACCAGUCCUAUGACUGUGUUUGUAUCAUGUUUGCUUCAAUUCCUGAUUUCAAAGAAUUUUACACAGAAUGCGAUGUAAAUAAAGAGGGACUUGAAUGCCUCAGACUAUUGAAUGAAAUAAUAGCUGAUUUUGAUGAGCUUUUGUCAAAGCCGAAGUUCAGCGCUGUAGAAAAAAUCAAAACUAUUGGUAGCACCUACAUGGCAGCUGCAGGUCUCACUAUUGCUCCAGGUCAAGAAAAUAAACAGGAUGCUGAGAAGCAAUUUGCUCAGAUUGGUAUCAUGGUGGAGUUUGCCAUUGCCUUAAUAGGCAAAUUGGAUGGUAUUAACAGACACUUUAAUAAUUUCAAACUGCGUAUUGGAAUAAAUCAUGGACCAGUGAUUGCUGGUGUGAUUGGAGCACAGAAGCCUCAGUAUGACAUAUGGGGGAAUGCAGUCAAUGUUGCUAGCAGAAUGGAAAGUACUGGUCAGUUGGGCAAAAUCCAGGUAACAGAAGAAACAUGCAAUGUUUUGGAAUGCCUGGGCUAUUCUUGUGAAUCUCGAGGAUUUAUCACCGUGAAAGGCAAAGGGGAACUAAAGACUUAUUUUCUGUGCACAGACAUCAAGUCACAUUAAUGGUGGCAAGACUAACGAUACUUCGUAAUAAGCCUUGGAUCAUGGUUCUGUGUGUGUGCACUUUCAAGAGCAACACUGUCGCAAAACAGUAUCAUUUUCAGUUCAAAGGCAAACUUUCCAUUGCCAUUGCUUGUCUCACAACAGGCAUUUUAUGAAAGAAACGGUAAGGAAAAUGAUUUCUGCCUGCAGCGAUACAAUUGAAAAUGACAUAGCAAACUGGAAUGACUAUUCCGCAUGUCUUAUUCCAAUUGCUCAAUACUGUGCUCACUUCCAUUUGUGUGGGAAUAUCAUUUCUUUGUUUUGGCUACAUGCUGAGCUCUGAAGAUAUGUCCCACUCUCAUGCUGCGUAUGGCAGUGAUAUGAGUAUAUUUUAUGUUUCAAGUCUAAUUUAAUUGUAUAUACUUCUGUAUUGAUGAAGACUGUCUUAAAACAAAGCACAGAUGUCAACAGCAAUGAAAAAGCCAAUAUUUGUGCCUUUUUUGCAUCUUGAAAAAUGAACAAACGUAUUCUGCAAAGGAUGGUUCCUGACUAGCUCAGCUGAUGUUACAAUUAUGCAAAAAUGUUUUAGUUCUUGUUCCCUGUUGAUAGUUAAGUUGUGGCUGCUGCAAAUGUUGCAGUCAUGCUGAGUGGAUGCUUUUUAUAUUGUUUAUUACGAAAUCUGGUUAUCUAGUUAUGAUAUCCUGUAUUUAAGUCCUCCUCAGCUAAUAUCCACAAGUAUACACUGAACUCAACUACUCUUUAGACCUGCUUUAGGGGACAUUUUCAUAAUGAUGCUGUGCCUCAGAUUUUUUUUGGAGGGGGGGGGGGGGUUUCCAAACAACUUCUAUAAGUAAUUCUUUACCUAGUCUUGUUCUACUGCUGCUGUCUCACCAAUUACUGUGUAAUUUCUUACCUGGCAGCCACCACAUCUUAAAGCUCUGUGUCUGAAACAAGAUUGUACUGUUUAACUUAAUGUGUAAUCAUUAAGCUGCAGAAUUGUUUUAAUCAGUAAUCAUUUGACUCUAGAUAUGCAUGUGUCCAUAUUCCUGAUUUAACCAUUUAAUCUUUUUCAGUAUAUUUGACAAAUCCUGCCCAAACCUUAUUCUUGCACAUCUCUCAAUUGCCCCCCCAAAUACUUUGUCUUUCGAGGUACAGCCUUAAAUUGCUGAGCACAGUAAAUUCAGUAAUUGUAGUUUUAUAUUUGGGAGAUAUCUUCAAAGUAAUACCUUUUCAAUUUAGUUACAGAUGCACUUCAUCUUAAUGGUUCAUGUUCUAUGUCUGCGAAUGAAAAUAACUAGAGCCUGCACAUUAGAUAAGACUAGUAAAGUAACGCGUGGAAUCCUAUUGGGAUGGAAUAUAGAACAAAGUUUUGGAUUUUGUUAAUGUUUUUUGUAUUAUAAUAAAGGAGGUUGAAAAAAAAAUUAUGCAUUUUAUCAAAU